AUGGGAACCCAUUACAAAAGUUGUCCAUUAAAAAAACGACCCAUCAUUUAUCCUCAAGAGCCAGAAAAGCCAGAUAAUGAACAAACUGAGGCUUUGGCUUUAGUUAAAUUACCCUUUGACUGUGAUCAACCGCAAGAUCUAUCAAUAAAAAGAAAAAAAAAACCCUAUGAUAAUAUCGAAAAUUAUCGAAUGCCGGCUAAGCGAGAAUGUAUUUUCAGUUUACGAAAACCCCGUCCAGAAUCUACAGCGAUAAAUUUAGCUAACAGUUCCGUGCUAUUAUCACCGCAUAAUGAUGCAAGUAAUUCUAUCGAAUAUCAUCAUUCAUCGGGCGAGAUUUACACGAGCGAAUUGACGGUUCACACCAAACAUUAUAAGUCUUAUCAGGAAGCCUUUGCUUCAGCUGCCGGUUGCAAUCCGACGAGUUCCUUAUGGCAAACAUAUCAUCCGAAACUAAGUGAAAUUUUCCCAUCACCAGAUUCUUCAGCGGAUUCGUCACAGCAACAAUGCACACCGCCAGCAAGUCCAACAAUAACAGAGAACUCCACGCCAGAAGAUCUUUCAAUGCAUAGUAACAUUCCUUGGCUAAUUUUGUUCCAUUCAACCAACACUAGCACUUUUGAGGAGCAUACGCCCUCUCGAUCAGUGUCAUCGCGUGAUUCCCUGCUUAGCACAAAUAGUGACAGUUACUGUGCCGAUAAAACUUUUCGCUUCAAUUGUGACAAAUGCAAUAAAAUGUUUUCUACAUCGAUUGGCUUAACAAAACAUCAACAAUUCCAUUGUCCUGGCAGUGAAUGCCAACGGGAGAAGAAACAGUAUUGUUGUCAAGACUGCGGUAAAACCUAUCGAACUAUGGGUGCCUUAAAGAUGCACAUAAGCACGCAUACAAAACCUCACAAGUGUCAAAAAUGUGGUAAAGCAUUUUCACGCUCAUGGCUUUUGAAAGGACACUUACGCACGCAUACUGGAGAGAAACCAUUUGAGUGUUCUGUGUGUCCGCGAUCAUUCGCCGAUCGAUCCAAUCUUAGAGCGCAUCAGCAAACGCAUAUUGAAAAUAAAAAAUACGCUUGCGAGAUAUGCCGAAAAUCUUUCUCACGAAUGUCCCUACUAAACAAGCACAGUUCAAGUUGCUUGAUAACGGUUGUGUGAAAUGUAUUUCCCUUUAUAAAUUAUUUCUAAUACAUUCCAUAAUUGGAAAGAUUAAGACAAUAAUAAUGAAUUAUAGUUAACAUGCAGAGCAAAAGCACGCCCAUAAAUUUUCAUGAGUUUCACAUCCCUAAGUUUACUAUAGCUGGUGCUAAA